AUGAGUGAUGCUGCCGGGGGCGGCGGCGGAGGAGGAGGAGGAGAAGCGCAGAGCCACCGCGGCUCCUCCGCCGGCGGCUGCGGGAGCAGCGGCUCUACCUCGCCCGGGCGGCGGCGGCGGCGGGACGCGGCGGCGGGCGGCGGGCCGGGGGCGGCCGGGGGGCCCGGGGGCGGCGGGGGUAGCAGCAUGCCGGCGGGCGAGGGGGACAAGGAGGAGGCGGCGCCGCCUCCUCGCCCUGCCGCCCUGCUGCGGUGGGACGAGGUGCCCGAGGACUUCGUGGAGUGCUUCAUCCUCUCGGGCUACCGGCGGCUGCACUGCUCGGCGCAGGAGUGCCUGGCCUCGGUGCUGCAGCCCACCAACGAGACCCUCAACUUCUGGACCCACUUCAUCCCGCUGCUGCUCUUCCUCAGCCGCUUCGGGCAGCUGCUGCUGCUGCGGGGCGCUGGGGACGUGCCCUUCCACCACCCGGCCCUGCUGCCCCUCUGGUGCUACGCCUCGGGGGUGCUGCUCACCUUCGCCAUGAGCUGCACGGCCCACCUCUUCAGCUGCCUCUCCCCGCGCCUCCGCGCCGCCUUCUUCUACCUGGACUACGCCUCCAUCAGCUACUACGGCUUUGCCAGCACCGUGGCCUACUCCUACUACCUGCUGCCAGGGCUGAGCCUGCUGGAUGCCAGUGCCAUGAGCCGCUAUGUGCAGCAGCGGCUGGGCUGGCAGCUGGACUGCAGCCUGCCCAUCGCGGCCUACCGCGCCCUGGUGCUGCCCGUGGCCCUGGCACUGGCCGUGGGCUGCACGGCCGCCUGCUGCCGCAGCCGCGCCGCCUGCUGCGCCUACCCCUUUGCCGUGCGCACCUUCGUCUUUGCCAUGCCGCUGAGCAUGGCCUGCCCCAUCAUGCUGGAGAGCCUCCUCUUUGACCUCCGCACCCGCAACCCCACGCUCUUCGUCUACUUCUACCGACGCUACUGCUGGCUGCUGGUGGCCGCCUUCUUCAACGUCAGCAAAAUCCCCGAGCGGAUCCAGCCGGGGCUCUUCGACAUCGUGGGGCACAGCCACCAGCUUUUCCACAUCUUCACCUUCCUCAGCAUCUAUGACCAGGUUCACUACGUGGAGGACGGGCUGGCCGAGUUCCUCAAGGCACCCCUGGCCGCCCCCACCUACCUGGGCACCGUGGGCUAUAUGGUGCUCUUGGCACUCUGCCUGGCCGUGGUUGUCAGGAGGUUCCUCAACGUUGCAGACCUCUGCAAGCAGGACUAGCUGGGCCGGUGUCCCUUGGGACAGCGACCACCAUACCAGUGACCCUUGGGCUGGAGACCCUCGGGCCAAUGACCUUCAGGCUGGCAACCCUCAGACCGGCCCUGCCAUAUCUUGAAGAUGCUGUGAAACCUGGGGGAAACGCACCUGUGGAAGAGCCAGGUCCCUUUCACGGAGGGUUGCCGGAGAAAAUGACCAUGGCAGAACUGCUCGUGCUCGUUAAACUACUAGGUUACCAGGGGAAGCAAGCAAACGCUUACUGGUAUGUUGCUGCUUAGAGUAUAAGCUGAAAUAAUUUAGCUCUGCUACUAGGAAGAAUGCAUGAACUGUGAAUGCCACUUACUAAUUUCGUAACAAUUAGGUUUAAACUAGCUCUGUAUAUACAUAUAUAUUUAUAUAUCUAGCUAUAUAUUUAUUAGCUACAUAUAUAUGUGUGUAUAUAUAUACACCUGAAGACACUUGU